UUGUUUCCCACGAAGGUUCUGAUGGAGCAGCUCCGGGCGGACUAACCGGACUGACCCGGACUAACCGGACUGACCCGGACUAACCGGACUGAUCCGGAUUAAAGGUGAAUGAGCGGACCAGGACUCUGCCUCGGGUCUGGUUUCUGGGGGUUCGGAUCCGGACCAUGGGCCGGUAGGACGGGGAACUUUUUGGAAACGUUGCCGGUGUCCAUGGCGACGGGAGUUUUUCCCGCCAAGUGAGCAGCUGAUCGCCUCCUGAUCGGGCCGAUCACCUGUAUUGGUCGUGUAUCGAUCCGCGGGAUGGCGCCGCUGCUGCUGCUGCUGUUGCUCGCGCUCUGGACCGGCGCGCGAGCCAAGAGCGCGUUCCCGCAGAGACCCUCCUACAGCCUGUACACCAGCGGGAGCGCGCACGGAGCUCGCGCCGCCAGCAGACACAGGAACUGGUGUGCGUUCGUGGUGACGAAGGCGGUGAGCUGUGUGGUCGAGGACGGAGUGGAGACCUACGUGAAGCCUGAUUAUCAUCCCUGCAGCUGGGGGAGCGGACAGUGCAGCAGGGUGGUGGUAUACCGGACCUACAUGAGGCCGCGGCACAAAGCGGCCUACAAGAUGGUGACGGAGAUGCAGUGGAAGUGUUGCCAUGGCUACAGUGGAGAGGACUGCAAUGGAGGUCCAGGAACCCAGAUCUCCACCACCAGACCUCAGCCCAGACCGGGGGGCCAAGGGGGAGCAGGGACGGGCUAUGGUCAGGGUGGAGGAGGUCAGGGUGGAGCAGGGAUGGGCUAUGGUCAGGGUGGAGGUCAAGGAGGAGGAACGGGCUAUGGUCAGGGUGGAGGUCAAGGAGGAGGAACGGGCUAUGGUCAGGGUGGAGGAGGUCAGGGUGGAGCAAGGACGGGCUAUGGUCAGGGUGGAGGAGCGACAGGCUAUGGUCAGGGUGGAGGUCAAGGAGGAGGAACGGGCUAUGGUCAGGGUGGAGGUCAAGGAGGAGGAACGGGCUAUGGUCAGGGUGGAGGAGGUCAGGGUGGAGCAAGGACGGGCUAUGGUCAGGGUGGAGGAGCGACAGGCUAUGGUCAGGGUGGAGGUCAAGGAGGAGGAACGGGCUAUGGUCAGGGUGGAGCAGGGACGGGCUAUGGUCAGGGUGGAGGAGGUCAGGGUGGAGCAAGGACGGGCUAUGGUCAGGGUGGAGGAGCGACAGGCUAUGGUCAGGGUGGAGGUCAAGGAGGAGGAACGGGCUAUGGUCAGGGUGGAGGAGGGACAGGUGGAGGAGGGAUGGGCUAUGGUCAGGGUGGAGGAGGUCAGGGUGGAGGAGGCAGUUCUGGAUCUGGACACAGUGGACGAGGUGAGAAGGAGAAGAUGAGGCAGCUGGAGGAGAAGAUCCAGAGCUUGACCAAAACCCUCCAGGACCUUCAGACCACCGUGAACGAACAAUUUCAACAGGAAGUCAACAAAUCGGGCGUCAGUGGAGGAGGAGGAGGUGGAGGAGGAGGAGGAGGUCCCUCUUCAGGAGGAAGGAAUCCUGCUGAUGCAGCUCAGCCGGAGAUUAAAGAGACGAUCGACAGCAUUCAGACGAAACUGGACCAGCUGGACAACCGCACACAGGCCCAUGAUAAGACCCUGGACAGCAUCAACAACCACCUGGUGAAUAGGAAAGGGAAUGACCUGGACGGAGGUCUGUCCGGAGGAGGACUGAGUGGAGGGAAGUUGAAUUCGUUGAAGGAGGAGAUCCUGAGGGAGUUGGAGACGAGGGUGUCGCUGUCCUGCUCCUCCUGUCAGGCCGGCGUGGAGGAUCUACGCCGACAGCAGCAGGAGGACCGGGAGAGCAUCCGAGCUCUGGAGAAGCAGCUCAACGCCAUGGACCUUCGGUAUCGGCAGAGCCUGGACGGACUGCGGCGGGAGGUGGUGCGCUGGCAAGGAUGCUGUGCCACCGUCAACGACUUCCAGGACCGCGUCAAUGACGCUGAGCGCAAGAUCAGCUCAGCCUCAGAGAACGUUGAUGUUCUGCAGAACCGUCUGGACAAGGAGGUCAGCGGAGGAGGCGGCAACAACGAGAACGGCGGCUUCGGAGGAGGAUGGUUGGGUGGUGGCGGUGGAAUUGGGGGACGUGGGGGCGAUGUCGCGGUGACGGAGGACCGACUGGACAAUCGUCUGAGGGAUCUGGAGCGGCGUAUCAACGACACCGUGCAGCGGACCGAGCAGAGCUGCUCAUACCUCGAGAACGACCUGAAGGACUACUUCCACAGAGAGCUGGGGGACCUGAGGACGGUGUUCCUGGACCGCUUUGAUGACCAGGCCUUCAGGAUCGUAGACGUGGAGCUGGACGUGGGGCUGGUGAAGGACGGGGUGGGCGACCACGGCAAGAGGCUGUCGAAGCUGCAAAACAACACAUCCCUCAUCAGCCGGAGGCUGGAGGAGUGCAAUUGUGGAGGGUCUGAAGGAGGAGGGGUAGGAGGAGUAGGAGGAAGGGGAAGUAGUGACCGGGGAGAUGGAGGAGGAAGGUGGGGAGCAGGUAGAGAUGGAGGAGAAUCUACAACAGGAGGAUCUGGAACAGAAAGAGGAACUACCGGAGGAGGAUCUACAGGAGGAGGAUCUACAGGUAGAGGAUCUAUAGGAGGAGGAUCUACAGGAGGAGGAUCUACAGGAGGAGGAUCUACAGGUAGAGGAUCUAUAGGAGGAGGAUCUACAGGAGGAGGAUCUAUAGGAGGAGGAUCUACAGGUAGAGGAUCUAUAGGAGGAGGAUCUACAGGAGGAGGAUCUACAGGUAGAGGAUCUACAGGAGGAGGAUCUACAGGAGGAGGAUCUACAGGAGGAGGAUCUACAGGUAGAGGAUCUAUAGGAGGAGGAUCUACAGGAGGAGGAUCUAUAGGAGGAGGAUCUACAGGUAGAGGAUCUAUAGGAGGAGGAUCUACAGGAGGAGGAUCUAUAGGAGGAGGAUCUACAGGAGGAGGAUCUACAGGAGGAGGAUCUAUAGGAGGAGGAUCUACAGGAGGAGGAUCUACAGGAGGAGGAUCUACGGGAGGAGGUGCAGGCAACGGGUUAUCUGGGAUGGGAGAAACAGAGAAAUCCCUGGAGUGGAGAGUGGUCGCCAACGAGGAUCAGAUUCGACACUUUAACACUCAAAUCAAAGACAUGUCGGUGUCUGGAGACUCUCUGCUCGACAAGGUUGUGGACCUGAGCCAAGAUGUCCGUAAGAUCAAGGACCUGACCGGAGAUCACGGCGAGCACUUUAACCGAAUCGUGACAGAGGUGGAGGUGCUGGGGCACGACUGCGAGUUGUGCGGGAAGGUGGAGGACGAGCUGCAGAGGCUGAAGAAUCAUUCCCACGAUGCACUGGGGCGCAUGCAGAGCCACAUCAACAGACUCCAGAUACGACUGGAGGACCAGGUCCGCCUGCUGCGAGGCGACGUCAGGACCUGCACCGGCCAAUGUAACACCAGCCCGGACACGCCCACAGGUGGUGGUUCUGGUGGGGGCGGUGGAACCAGCGGACGAGGACCUGGGUUGGAUGCUGAGAAGCCUUUAGACGGCCACAGCGUGAUCGGAGGAUCCAGCAACAACCAGCUGAAGACGCUGCAGGGCGAACUGUCCGAGGUCAUCCUCACCUUCAGCUCCAUCAACGACACCCUGAAGGGGCUGGAACACACGGUGCAGAAACACGGCAGCGUCAUCACCGACCUCGGAAACACAAAGGACAAGAUCAUCUCCGAGCUGGACAAGAUCCAGCAGGAGGUGACGGAGCACAUCGAGGACAGCCGCGACCGGCUGGACGCCGUGGACGGGGACGUCCGGCGGUUCCAGAGCACGCUGCUGGUGGAGAUGGGGGACUGCCGGAGGUCUGGAGACGGGCUGGAGAAGAGGUUGUCGAAGCUGGAGGGAAUCUGUGGGAGGCUGGACGGCGUCUCCGACUCCAUCGUCAAGAUCAAAGAAGGUCUGAACCGACACGUGUCGACGUUGUGGACGUGUGUCUCCGGUCUGAAUGAGUCGGUCGUCCAUCACGGAGGAAUCAUGGACGCCAUCCAGAGGAACCAGGACGACGUCUACAGAAGGAUGAAGAGUCUGAACUCCAGUCUGAACCAGGUCUCCAAAGACCUGCAAAGGUCCUCUGAGCACGACCUGCCAGGACCCCCCGGACCCCUUGGAGAGAGAGGCCUCAACGGGCUGCCGGGGCUUCCUGGGCGACAAGGGGACCGAGGUUAUCCUGGUCCCAAAGGUGAAACAGGUGUCCACGGCGUGGACGCUCUGGUGCCCAGGCUCUCCUUCUCUGCAGCGCUCAGCGUCCCCAUGGAGAGGGCAGGAACCAUCCUCUUCGACAAGGUCUUUGUCAAUGAAGGAGACUUCUACGACCCAAGAACAGGUAUCUUCACCGCUCCGGUCGACGGACGAUACUUCUUCAGUGCCGUCCUGACGGGUCACAAGAACGAGAAGAUCGAGGCGGUUCUGUCCAAGUCCAACUACGGCAUGGCUCGGGUGGACUCCGGAGGCUACCAGCCCGAAGGCCUGGAGAACAACCCGGUGGCCGAGGCCAAGACCCCUCCGGGGUCUCUGGCCGUCUUCAACAUCAUCCUGCCCCUGCAGAGCCGGGACACGGUCUGCAUCGACCUGGUGAUGGGCAAGCUGGCCCACUCCGUGGAGCCGCUCACCCUCUUCAACGGCAUGCUGCUGUACGAAGACCUGUGAGACCCGAACCGCAUCGCUUAGGAUCCACGACCCCGCGGGAGGAGAUCCGGGGUCCUCAUUCACGGGUUCAGACUCCCGAGUCCGUAUCCUCACGGACCACAGACCGAUACCCGUUGGACUGGCUGUGUUUUAUUAUUCUAAAGCGUGUUUACAUCACAUGAGGCGACCGAUCGGGUCACAUGGUCUAACUCACCGGGACUGAUGUGCACCAGGAUCAGCAGACCUGCUUCCUCUCGGACACAUAUGAUCUGUUAUUGAUCAUCUGACUGGUCAUGGAGACGUGUGCCCCCCCCCCCCCCCCCCCCGGGUCAUGUGACCAUGAGGAGCUCUUUGCUCUGAAGCUUUAGAGGACGUGUUUUCAGUUUGACUUUACGAUGACUUCACAUUGUGAAUGUUUUUUAUUAAGCUGCAGCUUUUCUUGUUUUACUGGUGUUUUCAUGUCCUGCCAAAUAUUUAACGACUAGCAUUUCAUUUCACUCUCAUGGACGAAUGCAAAGAGACACGGCUGCAGACUCAGCGAGCUCCGGCUUCAGAUCCUCUGCUUUCUGAGUAUUUAACACUCUGUAGUUAAAGUAUAACAACGGUUUGUCAGGCUUUAAGAUACAUGCAAUACGUGUUAGUGGAUAGUUCAUGGAUGGAUUACUGAGCGGUGUCGGGAGCCCCCCUGUGGAGACAUGAAGCUACUACAGGAGACACAGGACGGCUACAAAGAGACAACUAUGAAAAACAGUAAAAACAACCUGAAAGACACAAAUCAACUACAAAGAGACACAUGACAAUUACAGGGAGACAGACUAUGACUUCAAAGAGACACGAAACAACUACAAAGAGGCACAUACCGACUACAAAGAGGCAAUACAACCACAAAGACACACAUACCGACUACAAAGAGGCAAUACAACCACAAAGACACACAUACCGACUACAAAGAGGCAAUACAACCACAAAGACACACAUACCGACUACAAAGAGACACACAACUACAACAGAGACACAAAACUACAACAAAGAGACACAAAACUACAAAGACACACAACACAACUACAAAGAGACACAAAACAACUUAAAAAAAGAAACAAAACGACUACAAAGAGACAACAACAGCCCUCUGCAGUGUGGAGCUCGAGGUCGUGCUGCUGUCUCAGGACCACUCGCCCUGAACACGACUCAGAUUCAUUUUGAGUCUCUAGUCUCAUCAGACUCAGAGGAACACGUCCAGGAAGAAGAAGCUCCUGGCCACGUUUCUACGUAUGGACAAGUCAUCUUGGUGGAAGGACCAUGGUUCCCCCAGGAAGCUCUGUGGGUGGUCUUCAGGGUGCUCUGACCCGUCUGGACCAGAGCGCCCUGAAGACGACCAACAGACCUUCCUGGGGGAACCGUGGUCCUUGGUGAAGGCCUGUGGGCGGUCUUCAGGGCGGGUCCAGGAGGUGGAUGAAUAAACUUCUCUCAUAAAAGGAACACGAGGAACAACACGUUGUGUUUUGGUUAUAAUCGUCACUUUUGUAUUUAUUAUAUUUUUCUCCUUUUCUUCAAUAAUAUUCAUCAAAUAAAAACUGUAUUAUUAA